GUGGCAACAACGUGCCCUCAAACGCUGUCACACCAGCUGUACGGACUGUUAGCUGAUUUCUACCGAGUUCACUAAAUUGGCUUCCAUUAUGGUCCCACGAAUCAGUGUGCCACUGUAUAUCAUGUUUUGGUUGCUUGUGCCCAUGACAGCUUCAACUAUAGAUGUAAAAGCACAAGAUUUAAAGAUCCAAGAUGCUGACAAACCUCCUCGUGAACGCCAACACACACUGACUGAGGUAGUGUUUAUCAUCCAAUGCCAGAGGAGCUCUUUCCAUGUGCAGCAGGCAGAGAGACGCAGAGCAGACCUGCUCCUGCAAGCACAGCCUUUCCCAGAGGGUCCUCCUGUGGUUCUGCUUCUUCAUGAACUCUCAGACAAUGAAUGUAACUGGAGCAUCCUGCCCCUGUUGCCUUACUUGUCGUCCUCAUUCGGUAGAAACUCCUCCUGGAUUGUAUUCCUCGAAGAAGAGACCAAUGUGAAUGUGGCCAAACUUCUUCAGGCUCUUCAAAAGUAUGAUCGGAAGAAAGAGUGGUUUCUCGGUAAGCCACUGCACGAUGAGGAGUCUACUAUUAUUCACCAUUAUGCCUUUGCCGAGAACCCGACAGAGUUUAAGUACCCUGACUUCACCGCAGGCUGGGCUAUGAGCAUCCCUCUCAUCAACAGGCUUGCAAAUAAAGUAAAAGAGGAGCCAUUAAAAUCUGACUUCACCAUUGAUCUAAAACAUGAGGUGGCCUUGUAUAUUUGGGAGGAUGGAAAAGGGCCACGGUUAACUGCUGUCCCAGAGCUGUGCACAGAGCUGCAGAACUCUCCUCAAGCCCAGAACUGUGCCACCACUCUGAGCUCCCACUCACCGCUGUGUGGCAAGCCUGUCAACAGGGAUGAUAUAUUUGUUGCUGUGAAAACAUGUAAGAAGUUCCACUCUGAGAGAGUUCCUGUGGUGAAGCAGACAUGGGAAAAACACGCCACACUGUUGGAAUACUACAGCGACCAUGCAGAUCCCUCAAUUCCUACCAUUAACCUGGGUAUACCUAACACAGACAGAGGCCACUGUGGAAAAACAUUUGCCAUUCUUGAGAGGUACAUGAGUGACGCCGUUCCAAAAACCAACUGGUUGCUAAUUGUGGAUGAUGACACCCUGAUCAGCCUCCCUAGGCUAGGGGCUCUGCUGAGCUGUUACGACCCCACAGAGCCAGUGAGUUUGGGCGAGCGUUACGGCUAUGGGUUAGGACAGGGCGGCUAUAGCUAUAUCACAGGAGGAGGAGGUAUGGUUUUCAGCAGAGAGGCUGUUGUUCAACUAUUGGCCAGUGGUUGUAAAUGCUACAGUGACGACGCUCCAGAUGACAUGGUUCUAGGGAUGUGUCUUAAUGCUCUUAGGCUUCCAGUAACACACAGCCCUCUUUUCCACCAGGCACGACCAGAUGAUUAUUCUAGAGACUUCCUGGCCCAUCAGAUUCCCAUCUCUUUCCACAAACAUUGGAACAUUGACCCUAUAGCGAUCUUUCACAAGUGGCUGUUGGAUGACACCGAUGGAACAAGCUCAGAUGGACUACAAAAAAGGAUUAGGGAGGAGUUAUAGUGACUGUGUGUGCGUGCGUGCAUGUAUGUGUGUGUGUGUGCCUGCGUGCAUGCGCACAUGCGAGAGAAAGCGCGUGGGAGAGAGAGAGAGAAAGAGAGGCGUGUGCGAUGGUAAUACUGUUGGUAUUUAUCUUUGAUUUUUGUAAAAAAAAAACAAAAAAAACUUGCAAUAUGUGAAUCUGCACAUUCUAUUUUAGAAUACAAAAAGGCUUUCCUUUAUCAAGUUUUACUGAGAACAGCAUGUUUCAUUUGAUAUUUGUUGGAAAAGAAUUGUCCAUUCAAUAUGUGGGGCAGAAUGCAA